GUUUUAUUUUCACUUUCUCAGUGGCAUUUGCAAUUGAUGAAAUAUUUUGGCUUUCAAUUCCAUGCUGUUUAGCGACACGCUUUGGUUCAGGUGAUAUAAGCCCGAAAGGACAUGGCUAGAGAGGGACCGAUGCCACGGAGCACUGCUUCCUGCCUGUGUGUUCUCACUGCGUUCCUGUUCAGCUCUUCUGUUCUGUCCGCCGCUGCGACGGAACAAAGUGAUGGAGAGAAUAAGGCGCCCUCCCCUCGAGCCACUAACGGUCAACCGUUUCCGUGGGACAAAAUGAGGCUUCCCGAAACGGUAUGGCCUCUGCACUACGACCUCUUCAUUCAUCCCAACCUGACCACCCUCGACUUCACUGGGACCGUUCAGAUCCAGCUAGAAGUGUUACAGGACACUUCAGUCAUCAUUCUGCACAGCAGGGACCUCCGGAUCUCCAAGGCGGCCCUCCUAGAAUCGAGCAGAAUCCUGCCCCUACAGGUCCUGGAGUACCCUGAGUUCCAGCUGGUGGCUCUCCAGGCAGAUGGCGUAACUUUUACCCAGGGCAGCAAGUGUGCCCUGUACCUGGAAUUCGCGGCUAAUCUCUCCGAGAGCUUCCACGGGUUUUACAAAAGCACCUACCGCACGAGCGAGGGAGAAGUCAGGGUUGUGGCCUCCACCCAGUUUGAGGCCACCAGUGCACGUGGUGCCUUCCCCUGUUUCGACGAGCCCGCCUUCAAAGCCAACUUCUCUGUCCGGAUCCGCAGGGAGGCUAGACACAUCUCGCUGUCCAAUAUGCCCAAGGUAAAGACGGUGGAGCUGUCCAGCGGACUGCUGGAUGACCACUUCGAUAUGAGCGUGAAGAUGAGCACCUACCUGCUGGCCUUCAUCGUGUCGGACUUCCUGUCUAUCAGCAAGAUGAGUCAGCAUGGAGUCAAGAUAUCGGUGUAUGCUGUGCCGGAGAAGAUUGACCAGGCUGAGUUUGCAUUGGAGGCUGCAGUGAGGCUUCUGGACUUCUAUGAGGAUUACUUUGAUAUCCCUUACCCUCUUCCCAAGCAAGACUUGGCAGCCAUCCCGGACUUCCAGUCUGGAGCCAUGGAGAACUGGGGUCUGACCACCUACCGGGAGUCUUCCCUCCUCUUCGACCCCAAGAAGAGCUCUGCCUCCGACAAGCUCGGGAUCACCAUGAUCAUCGCGCACGAGCUGGCCCAUCAGUGGUUUGGUAACCUGGUGACCAUGCAGUGGUGGAACGACCUGUGGCUGAACGAGGGCUUCGCCAAGUUCAUGGAGUUUGUGUCUGUCAACAUCACCAACCCCGAGCUGCAAGUGGAGGAUUACUUCCUGGGGAAGUGUUUCGGGGCCAUGAAGGUGGACUCCCUGAGCUCAUCCCACCCUGUCUCCACCGCCGUGGAAAACCCCGCCCAGAUCGAGGAGAUGUUCGAUGACGUCUCCUACGAAAAGGGAGCGUGCAUUCUGAACAUGCUGAGAGAUUAUCUCACGCCUGAGGCUUUCAAAAUCGGGAUCAUCCGUUACCUGCGCCGCUACAGCUACCAGAACACGGUCAACGCCCACCUGUGGGACAGCCUGACCGGCAUCUGCCAGUCAGAUGACCUGGAUGAAGGGAGGCUGAAAGGAGGGUUCUGUUCCCGGGGAAAGUCUGAGUCGGCAGCUUCCAAGUGGUUCUCGGAAGAUGAGCUGGACGUGCGCGAGAUGAUGGACACCUGGACCCUGCAGGAGGGGUUCCCCCUCAUCAGCGUGGAGGUCAAAGGUCGGGAGGUCAGACUGAGCCAGGAGAGGUACCUCAAAAGCGAGGACCCCACACAGACCUCGGGCUUCCUGUGGCAGGUUCCUUUGACCUACAUCACCAGCCGCUCCCCCACCAUCCAUCGCUUCCUGUUGAGGACCAAAACAGACGUGCUGUACCUGCCUGAGGAGGUGGAGUGGAUCAAGUUCAACGUGGACAUGAGCGGGUACUACAUCGUCCAUUACGAGGGCAGAGGCUGGGACUCCAUCAUUCACCUGCUCCAGCGCGACCACACGGCCCUCAGCAGGAACGACCGAGCCAGCCUCACCAACAACAUCUUCCAGCUGGUCAGCAUAGGGAAGGUCCCUCUGGACAAGGCCCUAGACCUGUCUCUGUAUCUGAGUAGUGAGACGGAGAUCAUGCCGGUGAUCCAGGGCCUCUACGAGCUGGUGCCCCUCUACAAGCUGAUGGAGAAGAGGGACAUGGAGGAGCUGGAGAACCAGAUGAAGGGCUACAUCGUGGACCUGUUCCAGGACCUGAUCGAUCGGCAGACCUGGACGGACGACGGUUCGGUGUCCGAGAGGAUGCUGCGUGGCCACCUGCUGAUGUUCGCCUGCGUCCGCCGCUACCCGCCCUGCGUCCGCACCGCCACCGAGCUCUUCCGCCAGUGGAAGGAGUCUGACGGCAACAUGAGCCUUCCCAAUGAUGUUAGCAUGGCGGUUUUCGCGGUGGGUGCCCGCACUGAAGAGGGGUGGGACUUCCUGUUUGAGAAGUACCGCCAUUCGCUGUACAUUUCGGUGAAGAGCCGCAUCAAGUCAGCCCUGUCCAUCAGCCCCCUCUCCCACAAGCUGAAGUGGAUGAUGGAGCAGAGUCUGCUGGGGGAGGUGAUGAAGACACAGGACCUCCCCUAUGUGGUGAUGAUGGUCAGCAAAAACCCCAAAGGCUAUAAGCACGGCUGGGACUUCCUGAGGGACAACUGGGGCACCCUGGUGAAAAAGUUUGACCUCGGUUCUCACUCCAUCUCAAACAUGGUGAUCGGAGUGACCAACCAGUAUUCCACCAGGGAAAUGCUAGAAGAGGUUCGGACGUUCUUCAACUCCCUGACGAAGGAGACGGGGGCGGAGCUGAGGUGCCUGCAGCAGUCUCUGGAGAGCAUCGAGGAGAACAUCCGCUGGAUGGACAAGAACCUGCCACUGCUCCAGGGGUGGCUGGACCGCCGGGGGGCAAAGCCGGGGGCCACGGCCCACACAGGGGCCUGAGCAUCUGGGGCCGGAGAAGAUGGUCCACGGACAUCAAGAAGGACAGAGAUACUGUGUUCACAAGGUGUGGGUUCAUUCCAAUCGCUUUUUAAAAUCUGUGCUCAUCUCCUCGAGUGAUCCAGAAAUCGAUCGACGUCCACCAUCUUUAAAGACAGUCCAGUUAAUGAAAUGCUCCUACUUGGAGGAGCGAGGAGGUUCCUGGAGGAGUCUUCAGUGAGGAUACACAAGCCCAGCCUUUAUGGAAGUCUUUUCAGAAGGCAUGAUGUGAAAUUAUCUACCUGUGGAUCCACCUCUAAACAUCUGCCACUUCUGUAACUGACAUCGCUUAAACUGCUGCUUGACUGAGCAUGGACGCUCCAUUUGCCCAGUACGUUUCCUCGAUUCCUCCAUCCUCGUAUGUCAUGCUUACAUCUCUUCCUCACACCCUCCGUUGGUUGGAGCUAAGGAAUGUGAAAAAGAAGAGAUGCAAGCGAUGAAAAUAAGCGAUUGGAAUGAACCCAUCACAUCAGUUAAAAAUCUCUUACAACCGUCUUUGGAUAUCUGCAGCAAAAAACGGUAACUUCCCCACUUUGGUAGUCGCAGAAGUUACACCAAGUUACACCCAACAAGGUGAUCGACUGCUGAGAGUUUCACCUGCGUAUUGGUAUUAGUUGCUUGGAGAAUUUGUGUUACUUUUGGGUAGAAUGCUUUGCUGAGUCUUCUUUCCAUUUUAUUUCCAUUUACUGAUGCUGUUGCACUGAUAGUCAUUCACAAAGACCCCGUUAGCCUCUCAUACCGGCCCUCUGUCCAAACCCCAUGACCGCAGAGCAUUCUGCCUUUAUCUUACAUCCUUUUAUUGAAGGGAGUAUUUGCUUUCUAUGUGGUGUUUGCUGUUACUGCCUGUGUAUGCACGCGUGGGGAAGAGUGCACUAUUCAAAUGAACUUUCUGUAUUUCCUUUUUUUUUUGGAUUCAUGCAAAUUAAUUAGUAUGUACAUACGAUUAUUGUUGUUUAGUUUAUUUGGACCGACAAAGAAAAAAACCAAAUUUGGACAAUCCAGGGGCAUUCAUUUGCCGUUCUCCUCAUUUCAGGAUCUUCCAUUAAUUUAAGUUUUACUCUGCAGUCCACUUUAAGCUGUGCAGCCAUUGUCACUGUUGUGCAGUAAGGCAGGUGUCGUGCCCACUGAAGCCCUGUUUUUCUGGCCAGCACUGUGGCCAGUUGUAUAGCGUCCUACAGAACUCAGCCACAGCUACACCGGCAGUCAGGAUUCAGUCAAAGGCAAAUUCUGUCUUGCUGUGAGAAAUGAUGUUGGUGUUCUUUCUUUCUGUGCUACAUAAUCAGCCAGCAUACAAGAAUUCAACAGAAGAAAAGUUUGUUACAGGUACAGGGCAAAAUGGGCACCUUGCAAUGGGGGGGGAGGAAAACUGCAUACUGAACUUUAAGGUCCCAUAUAUUUAAUACUACUUUGACCAUGUGAUCAUGUCACCACCUAAGUGUAAGAUAUCACUACCUGCCUGUAUAUAUAUGUCACAUGGGUAUUUGCCUGAGAAAGUCCCUGCAGGAGGUAUUGCUUGUAUUAUGGGAUCUAAUGCAUAAUUGUGACUACAGUUUCUCCUUUUUCCUCAUUGCACGAGUGAAAAAUGAGAGAACACUGUCCUAAAUGAGUGUUCUCUUAA